CUGACACUGUUAAGUAGCAUACACUCGAGACCUUGAUUGGAAACUUGCUCUACGAAUAUCGUUUUAAAUGCAACGCAAUAGAGGUGUUGUCACUCCCAGAGCGUGUCCUCGUAUUUUACAACCUCAACAAUUAAAAAAGAUGAGGGUAAUUUGAAAAAAAUGCCAUUCACAAGAUUUAUUUCAAAUUGCUGUAGAUAUUUUUAGUACCUUUGUGUAGACUAUUAAAAUCAUGAACUCCCGUUGUUUGUGUGAUGAAAAGUCAUCGCCGCGGCGUGCUAAAUCAUUGUGUUCCCUAAAUGAGGAAGUGAUUACGAAAAAGGCUGUCAGUAAUAAUGUAUUCACGGACAAGCGCAGCCGCACAGUCAGCGUGAGCGAAUCUUCAAUGGAAGCGUACGCGAUCCACCGCACUGAUUCAGAAACAUCCCUCGAAGGACAUGAGGUUAUUAAUGAGCAUACGUGCUCUAUUGACGUGGUAGAACAGCUGUCACAUCUGGAACAGAAAAUGGAUCGACUGAGCGAUCUGUUCCUGGAACAAUGCCGGAUACUUUCUGCGAUAAAAGGCGAGAUCCAGAACUCGAGGGCCGUCAUCGAGAAAUCUGAUAACAUUUACAGUCAGAUGUGUGCUCAGGUGACCGACAAUAUUAUCACAAAUCCGGCUAAAGAGUGGAAUAUGAAAGGCGACGACUAUGAAGACGAUCACUCGAACAGCCGCGCGCGCACGCUUCUGGACGCCAUCGAGAUCAAACCGACGAUGGCGCUGCACGCGCACGCACCCAAGGAAACGAGGGACGCGCUCACACGCUUCUUGCAAAGCGAUGAGGUGGUGGAGCGCGUGGUUGGGGCGACGGCGGCGGCGGCGCGCGAGGCGGUGCGCGCGUGCGUGUCGCGUGACGUGGCCGCGCUCUACGUGCCGGCGCUGCAGCGCGCGCACCGGCGGCUGGCGCACCACGCGGCGAGGGCUAUUGACGACGCCUUCAUGGAAUUGGAGGAGCAGUCGUCGCAGGCGUCGCGGCGCAUGCAGCGCGCGGCCCGCCAGCUGCGGCGCGCACUUGAGCGGCACCAGCGCGUGCUAGAAAACGCGCCUCACAACCAACAGACGGUAGAUUCCUUGAAACAUACUGUGCAAAGAAUACUCGAUAGUGAAAUGAAACAGUGGCGGCAGAAGAUUUUGGAGUCCAUAACAGCAGAGAUCUCUUCAGAAUACGAAUCUGGAAUUCCGGCGUCUCCCACGCCCUCUAGCGAUUACCAGGAGGUCUACAGCCCAGGCAGUUCGUCUCAACCCUCUGACCCUGAGCAUUCUAUAGUCGACCAACUGAUGCAGGCAGCGUUGCUGAAGCAGCAGGCGUGUGCAGACUCGAUGGACCGUGUGCAGGGUGUGAAUAGUAUGGAGGGUGUGGAGGCAGCGUUCUGGCGAGCGCUGUGCUCCGGGCACCUGCCGCGCGUGGUGGCACUGUGCCGCGCCGCCCCACCUGGGGCCGGCCUGCACCUGCCGCCGCCACACCUGCUGGCGCUGCUGCAGCAGCUGGCCACCGACAUGCUGCACGACACCGCGCUCAAGUGCAGGUAUUUAGAAGAAGCCAUAAUCAGCUUGAACCCGUCGGAGCCGUCGACGCGUCCCCACCUGCCCUUGGUAGUCGGCGAGGUGCGCAGACACCUGCUGGCCUUCCUCGCCUCGUACCCGAACCACGUGGCCAGUCGACGGAUCAAACUCAUUCUCAUGGCUGCGGAAAAGCUAUUAAAAUAUUGUGGCUAA